AUGGUCAGCUGCAUUGAGGAAGGUGUAGAGGAUGUUGCUGGCCUGGUUGGAGCCAUCGAACACAUUUGUGCUUCCCCGCCGGGCUCCGGCAGGAGAAGUUUCCGCUUUGCGGGGGCCAACAUCACCUCCUACCGGGCGGAGAUACAAGCAUGGGUUUCCCAGCUUGAUGUUGAUGCUUUCGGUUUGCAAGAAACACACCUUCUGGCGGCCUCCACCCAGAAUGUGGUCACAGGCUUUGACCGUGGCAAGUACCGAGUGGUGCCUUCCCCGGCCCUGGACACGGGCAAAGGCACCUCCGGGGGGCUCCUUCUCGGGGCUGCUUUCGUCGUUCCUGGGGAGCCCACCACGACCCAUGGAGCGACGCUCGACUUUGCAGUUUGCUCGCGUCAACUCCAAGGCCUUCUCAAGGCCGAGGUGAGCUGGGAGGUCCCCUUCCGACCCCAUGCCUUGGUAAUCUACGAAUUCCAGGUUGAUUCCAUCGGGACUAUGGUGCUCCAACCCAAGUCCUUUUCGAAUCUCUGCCGUGACCAGGCAACGGAAGAGGCCAGACCGCCCGACCCCACCACAGUGACGUUCCUGUUGGAACCGACCACAUCCAAUCGAGGGGACACUUCGUGGGGAGGUUUUGUCAAGUGGCUUGAGGCUACUACUUGUUCCGACGGCAUCCAGGGCAGGGGCUGGAAGGUACAAGCGGAGAUAAAGCCUCUCAUUCCGCCAACCUCGCCCAAAUUCCCGUGGUUCGGGCGCAAAUCGGGCUAUUGGGACCGACUCGGUCUCUGGAUGAACCAGGAUCUUGAGGUCGAGGGCCUGGACCUGCCAGCCCUAAGGCUCCGCCUCGCAACCCGGAUCCAGGAAGGCCUGGCUCCAACACUGGCCGAAUUAUCUGACCUGACCAAGGUGCAGAAGGCCGCAGCGGAGGGCAAAAGAGCAUCCGACAACGAGCGGUACAAAACUUGGUUGGAAGAGGCCACCCAAGGUGGCAUGAAAGGCCUCUAUGGGGCCCUCAGAAAGUCCGAGGUUACCACGGUCUGGGAGCCUUCCACCAACAACCAAGCUCUUGAGGACCCGGUUUUUCUCCAGCUUCGUGAGCUUGCUGUGGCACAGCACCAGGAGCUGGGCCCGGUGUCUACAGAAGAACUCCAGAAGGUGCUCAAAAAACUCUCCAGCAAAGCACCGGGACUAGACGGUCUUACCGCUCCCAUGUUGAAGCGAGCUACGGGUCCCCAGAUUACCGAGCUCGCGGAGCACCUUCAGGCCUGGGAGGCCACUGGACAGAUGCCCUCUCAGGUUCUCACCACAGGGGAUGGGGCGCGCAAAAAGGCCGCCAAGGCAGGAGUCGAAGCUGCUGCCGUGUAUGGGCACCAAGCUGUUGGGCUCGCGCCGAAGAGAUUGAAAUUUCUUCGCCAGCUCACGGCUCAACACAAUGGUCGGCUCACCAAUGGUGCCACGGAGGUUGUCCUGGAUCUCCUUUGCACCACCAAGCCUGACCCCUCCGGGCUGUUGGUGGAGCAGCACAUCCGGAGCUUUGUCACUCUGGUGCUGCGCCUUUUGCGCAAACACUGGGCUCAAAAAAGGCUCCAAGCCAUCAGCCAGCUCGAAGGCAGUGCCUCCUUAGCGGCAGGGGUGGACUGGACGGUAGGAAAGAAGCUGCUUCGCAAGCUUCCGCCUUUACAGAAAAAGAGCCUCCAAGCAGUCUGGCAAGGAGCCCUCCGAUGUGGGAAAAAGGCCUGGUGCACGAGGUGCAACGCACCUGCCACCCAGCAGCACCUCCUCUGGGAUUGUCAAUGGUGGCACAACCAUGACCCUGUUCCCGAGCAGGUGCAACAAGCCCUUGCCAGGGUUGACCAGGCUGUCAAGGUGCGGGGCUUGGUUCCCUCGGACCAGCCCGUCUCCUCUGACCACCCCUUGGUACUGAAGGGACUCUGGGAGGAAGGCCUCAUCUUGGCAGACCCUGACAUCUUUUAUGCCACGGACGGCUCGCCUGGAUCCACCAAUGAUCCUCGCGCGUGGAAGCUAACUUGGGCAGCCAUCGCUUUUAAAAUCAAGCCAGGGGGCAUCGAAGUUGUAGCCUCGGCGGCGGGCCCCGUCCCGGCCGAACAAUCUGUCUUCCGUGCGGAGGCCUGUGCCCUCCUCUUUCUCGUGGAGCACACGGCUGGUGCCAUUGAUGUCACGAUGGAUGCCAAGAGCGUCAAGACUCGUGUGGAAAGGCGUUCCCUCGGCCGCACCUCACUGGACCUGGUUUACCCAGUCCGAGAACACGCUGAGCGUCUCCACCUUCACUGGAUUCGCAGCCACAAGUCCCUUGAAUCUCACUGCCAGACCUUCGGCAGCCAAUCCGCCUGGAGAUGGCAUGCUAAUCAGGCCGUUGACAAACUCGCUGGUGACCAUGCGAACCAGUCCCGCGACCGGACAUGGGAGAUUCGACUUGCGGCUAGAGAUGCGGAUGCCAAAAUUGUCCUUGGUUUCCUGGCGGCCCGUGUGGCAACUCUUUUCGAGUACGACCAGGACCAGGGCCCUCAGGUCCAGUUCGAAGGAGAGGACACUUCUCCGAAACGCAAAGGCCGGGCUGUGGGCUUCAAAAGGAAAGGCAAGGUCACCCGGUACUCUCUGGAGGUGCUCUGGGUGCAAGAGGCUGAUCCAGCACCCUCCAACCCACCAGCCCCUUUGGCCAAGGCUCCCGGCGCUGGAGGCGGUCACCGGGCCACCCGGCCCUCGGCUCCCAUCCCGGUGGUUGGUCAGGCUCGGGCUCCCGACCAAUCAAUCCGGUGGGUAGGCAGCAUGGAGAAGGCCAGCCCAGCCGAGCCCCGCAGGGGCAGAGGCAAGGGCUCCACCCGCUCUAACAACAAAGACUCCAAAGGAGCGCAGCCUGGCAAGGGGAGGGCCGGGAAGAGGCAAAGGCAGGCUGGGCAGUACUUCCGAUGGUCGCGUCCGCUACCACCGGCGGCCGACCAGCCCCGUGACACCCCGCCCCCACCGGCGCCUAAGCGCCGCGGCGGGCGUAAGGAGGAGGAGGAAAAAAGUGCUGCCUCGUACUCCUACUACUCUUCCUCCCGCUCUAGGUCAUUUCGGGCAAAGGGAAAGUCGGCCACAACGGGCAAGGAGAAGUCUUCAAAGACCCCGGCCCCGGCAGCUGGCCCAAGAAUGGCCGUUAAGUCCAAAGCCAAGCCCUCUGCUGAGGGAGAAGUGGCAUCGGACUCUCCCGUGCCUGUGGACGCCUCUGCUCCUUCGAGCUCCCAGGCCGGGGUUCCCCCGCCUGGAGUGAAACUCACUCCGGUGGCCAAGGAAAAGGACUCCCCGGCCUCUUCUGAGGAUGAGAAGGGAUCCCAGGCCGGUUCCAUGGCUGCCAAGGAAGAGUCUUCCGACUCUUGCUAUGAGCCCAUCCGGCUGCGCCCGGCUCCCCUCUCCAGCCCUGCGAGGAGGGCGCUACCUGUGCCUGAUCUGGGGGUGAACAUGCAGUUCACUAUCCAGCUUAAGGAUGCCUCCAAGGAGGCGUGCUCAGGGCGCUACCUGCACGCUGCGUCUCUGGUGUACUUCGCACACCAAGACCGCCAAGGCGCGGAGCCGGGCUCCCCGCAAAAGGUGGCCACGGCCCUGGAAGUGCUUGGUCUCAGGAGGCAGAGCGAGUCCAGGGGCCCGCGGCACACCAGGGCUUUGGGUGUGCACCGUGUUGUCGAGGAGGGCAAGGGUGGCACCUCCUUCUUCGCGUCUCUUUUGGAGACGGAACUUGUGGAUCCUCUCCCCAUGGUCAACCCGCCGCUGAUCUUCCAGAUCUGCCUGACAGUGUGCCAAGCGGCGAAAUUUGCAAACGUCCGUGAUCUAGGACGGAAAAAUAUGGGCAGCAGGUCCAUGCCUCAGGGCAUGGGAGACCCACCCAGGUAUGAAGUCCUGCUGCUGGACGCCAACGACUGGGAGGAGUACGGUUCUCAAACCAACCCCCACUGGCCAAACAAGCGUCGGGCCCAGGGACUUUGGUCCACUGUGAGCUCUUUCUCACCGGAGCUGCUGGAGCCGUUGCAGCAACUGGUGAAGCAGCACCAAGCCGACCUCCAGGCCCUGACCCAAGGGAUCUACAACCUGAUGGGGAAAACCCUGGUUAAAGGGGAGGCAGAAGAUGUGCUCGAGGCACUGGUCUCGACCCAGGCACUUGGGCUCUCUCCGGAAGGCCACAUCUGCCAGUACGUGCUGAAGCAGGGUGGCCCCCACCCGCUUGUCCCGGGCCAGACGUGGGAGCUCCACCCGCUGGAACACUUCCAGCAGGGGCACAACCAGCUGAGUAUCUACGGAGAAAGGCUUGGUGGCAGUGCAAACCAGCGAAGUGGGAAGCUUCUGUUAGCCGGCGCGAAAGACUUGGUCAUCCAGUCCGGGCUUGGGAUGGCUAAAGGAAAGGGCAAGCAAUGGGGCAGAGCUUACCACGUCUGCAAAGGAAAGGACUGUAACAACUGGUGUUGGGCAGACUCGGUGGUGAAGGCUCCCAAGUGCAGUGGGUGUGGCCGACAGUGGCCUCAGCCCCCGAAGGCCAAGGGACCGGCAGUCCCUCCCCCGCCACCCACGCCGCCUGAGGGCAGGCGAUGGGGACGCGAACAAGGCAACAGCCGUCACUUCCUGCGCCUUCUCCACUCCAAGUGGGCUGAAUUGGGCGACUCCACCAAAGAGGCUUUCCAGGCUGCUGGGUUCAAGCCCAAGCCACAACCACCGCAGGAGACCUCCCUGCUUGACAAGCUGCGCAGUAGGAAAGGGGAACUCCCAGAGGAUAUCCAGCUCCUGUUGGACUCCCUUGAGGAAACCCCCUCGGCCACCCCGUACCAGGAGCGCCAGCAUUCCUCCAACGCGCUCACCAAAGCCUCGCACCGCUACCGCCAGCUAGCCAGGAAGAAGUUGGACCUCCAGGCCUCGGUCAACCAGGCCAAAGAGGACCUCAAGGCCAUGCUGGACGAGCUCCAAGAGGUAGACAAGCUGAUGGAGGAGGCCAAGCAGGCCAUAGAUGAUGCCCAAUCCAAGCUCACUGAAGCUCUGGAGCAGUCGGCUCCCACCCAGGCCUCUCCGCCACCUAUCGGGGAAGUGGCUUCCUUUCAGGAUUUUGGCAAGGUUUUGGGCAUUGAAUUUACCAAAGAGCAGCAGGCUGUUCUGGACAAGGCUGUGGCGGCUCACCUGCCUCCGGGGCUCACCGCGCAAAACGGCCCGGUCUUCGACUUCAAACCAAGGCUUCCCCAGCCACAGGGCAAGCCAGACCAGGAUCAGAAGACAGGGGCUGAAGACCCCGAUUCGUCAAAGGAGGCCCCUGAUGCUUCCAUGAAAGAACAGCCAGAGGGCGAACUUGAAGAGAACUCCAAUCCUCGAGACCGCAGCCCACGGCGCACAAGCCGUAACGGCUCCAAAGAGGCAGACCUGGGAGCCACUCACGCCAACGUGUUCGGCUUCCCAGUCUCAGGAUGGGUCUGUGGGCCAUGCCGGGCCCAACUUGCUGCCAUCGCCCAGACCUGUGCCCGCCCGCACACCACCGAAGAAAGCCCGAGGCCCUUCGAGGGCUGGGUCAACCUCAAAACCACUCUCCAAGAAGGAGGAGUCGGACUGCAACACCGGCAAGCCCAGCUCCUGCAAUGGGUGGAGGAUCAUGAAGCCAGCCUUGCAGAGCACACGCUCCCCCACUGGACGGCAUACCGCAUGGUCAGCUGCAUUGAGGAAGGUGUAGAGGAUGUUGCAGGCCUGGUUGGAGCCAUCGAACACAUCUGUGCCUCCCCGCCGGACUCCGGCAGGAGAAGUUUCCGUUUUGCGGGGGCCAACAUCACCUCCUACCGGGCGGAGAUACAAGCAUGGGUUUCCCAGCUUGAUGUCGAUGCUUUCGGGUUGCAAGAAACACACCUUGUUGCUGCCUCCACCCAGAAUGUGAUCACAGCCUUUGACCGCGGCAAGUGCCGAGUAGUGCCUUCCCCGGCCCUGGACACUGGCAAAGGCGACUGGAAUUGCAGCUGGCAGGACCUCCACGAAUCCUCCUUUGCCCGCCUCAGCAGGGCUGCUUUUGUCGUUCCUGGGGAGCCCACCACGACCCAGGGGGCGACGCUCGACUUUGCUGUUUGCUCGCGCCCACUCCAAGGCCUUCUCAAGGCCGAGGUGAGCUGGGAGGUCCCUUUCCGACCUCAUGCCUUGGUACUCUACGAGUUCAAGGUUGAUUCCAUCGGGACUAUGGUGCUCCAACCCAAGUCCUUUUCGAAUCUCUGCCGUGACCAGGCAACUGAAGAGGAGGAUCUUGAGGUUGAGGGCCUGGACCUGCCAGCCUUAAGGCUUCGCCUCGCAACCCGGAUCCAGGAAGGCACCGCCCCAACGCUGGCCGAGUUAUCUGACCUGACCAAGGUGCAGAAGGCCGCGGCGGAGAGCAAAAGAGCAUCCGACAACGAGCGGUACAAGACUUGGUUGGAAGAGGCCACCCAAGGAGGCAUGAAAGGCCUCUAUGGGGCCCUCAGAAAGUCCGAGGUUACCACGGUUCGGCCAUACCGGGACCUUCCCCUUGAGAUCCGCCACCAUGAGAGAAGAGCCGAUUGGCAAAGGCUCUGGGAGCCUUCCACCAACAACCAAGCUCUUGAGGACCCGGUUUUUCUCCAGCUGCUUGAGCUUGCUGUGGCACAGCACCAGGAGCUGGGUCCGGUGUCUGCAGAAGAGCUCCAGAAGGUGUUCAAAAAACUCUCCAGCAAAGCACCGGGACUAGAUGGUCUUACCGCUCCCAUGUUGAAGCGAGCUACGGUUUCCCAGAUUACCGAGCUCGCGGAGCACCUUCGGGCCUGGGAGGCAACUGGACAGAUGCCCUCUCAGGUCCUCACCACUGGGGUCACCAUGUACAUUUGCACCGAAGGAGUUCUGGCAUCACCUGUCAAGCCGACUCGUGGGGUCAUUGCUGGUUGCCCUUUCGCUCCGGGGCUAUCCAAGCUUGUUCUCCAUCCCGUCAUGCAAACUCUUCACCAAUGCCCCAGCAUCCACAAUUGCGACCUUUACAUUGAUGACUCGAGUUUCGAUGUCGAAGAUGCCUCUGCCACCACGGUUGUACACAAGGCUCUGGAGGUUUGGCGGCUUGUGAAGCAACAGUUCCGCCAGCGCAAGCUUCCCGUCUCCAUUGCCAAAUCGGCCUGGGUCUGCUCCAGCCGGGAGGUUGAAAAGAAGCUAGCCGCCCACCUUGGUGAAACUGAUCCUCAAAUCCAGUCCUGCUGGAGGGACCUGGGUGUUGACUCAGCUGGCGGCAAACGCAGGAGGGUAUCCAUUCACAGACAGCGUUUCCAGAAGGCGGGCUGUCGCUCACAAAAGCUCACCCACCUUCGCGUCAAUGAUGGGGCGCGCAAGAAGGCGGCCAAGGCGGGAGUGGAGGCUGCGGCUGUGUAUGGCCACCAAGCUGUUGGGCUGGCCCCAAAGCGAUUGAAAUUUCUCCGCCAGCUCACUGCGCUGCAUAAUGGCCGGCUCACCAAUGGAGCCACGGAGGUCGUCCUCGAUCUCCUUUGCACCACCAAGCCUGAUCCCUCGGGGCUGUUGGUGGAGCAGCACUUCCGGAGCUUUGUCACUCUGGUCAGCAAUUGGCCCCAGGCCCUCAAACCGUCUCUUGAGAGCGCGUUUGAAGGAAUGUCCCAGAGGGUCUCAACACACAAGGAACCGUGGCGGAUCGCAGCCGGGCCGCUGGGUGCCACCUUGUGUUACCUCAAGGAGCUUGGCUGGACGGCCCUGUCCCUUCUACGGUGGGAGAUUGCAACCCAGCCCUACGACCUCGAAAACCCCCUGCAGCUUGAGCAGGUGCUGCGCCUUUUGCGAAAAUACUGGGCUCAAAAAAGGCUCCAAGCCAUUAGCCAGCUUGAAGGCAGUGCCUCCUUAGCGGCAGGGGUGGACUGGACGGUCGGAAAGAAGCUGCUUCGCAAGCUUCCGCCGUUACAGAAAAAGAGCCUUCAAGCAGUCUGGCAAGGAGCCCUCCGAUGUGGGAAAAAGGCCUGGUGCACUAGGUGCAAUGCACCUGCCACCCAGCAGCACCUCCUCUGGGAUUGUCAAUGGUGGCAUAACCAUGACACUGUUCCCGAGCCGGUGGAACAAGCCCUUGCCAGGGUUGACCAGGCUGUCAAGGUGCGUGGCUUGGUCCCCUCGGACCAGCCCGUCUCCUCGGAUCAUCCCUUAGUACUGAAGGGACUCUGGGAGGAAGGCCUCAUCCUGGAAGACCCUGACAUCUUCUAUGCCACGGACGGUUCGCCUGGAUCCACCAAUGAUCCUCGCGCCUGGAAGCUCACUUGGGCAGCCAUCGCUUUUAAACUCAAGCCAGGGGGCAUCGAGGUUGUAGCCUCGGCGGCAGGCCCCGUCCCGGCCGAACAGUCUGUUUUCCGUGCGGAGGCCUGUGCCCUCCUCUUUCUCGUGGAACACACGGCUGGUGACAUUGAUGUCACGAUGGAUGCCAAGAGCGUCAAGACUCGUGUGGAAAGGCGCUCCCUCGGCCGCACCUCGCUGGACCUGGUUUACCCAGUCCGAGCACAGGCUGAGCGUCUCCUUCAUUGGAUUCGCAGCCACAAGUCCCUUGAAUCUCACUGCCAAACCUUCGGCAGCCAAUCCGCCUGGAGAUGGCAUGCCAACCAGGCCGUUGACAAACUCGCUGGUGACCAUGCGAACCAGUCCCGCGACCGGACUUGGGAGGGUCGGCUUGAAGCAAGAGAUGCUGAUGCCAAAGUGGUCCUUGGUUUCCUGGCGGCCCGUGUGGCAACUCUUUUCGAGUACGACCAGGACCAGGGCCCUCAGGUCCAAUUCGAAGGAGAGGCCACUUCUCAGAACCGCAAAGGCCAAACCCAGCACUACCGGGACGAAAUCCAAAAAGGAGCCGCCUCCGGGAUCAAGGGGCUCCGGGCACUGGAGGCGGUCACCGGGCCACCCGGCUCCCGGCCCGGCGGUCACCGGGCAAAGGGACAGCCGGCCAAAACGGGCAAGGAGAAGCCUUCAAAGGGUGAGGUGGCAUCGGACUCUCCCGAGCCUGUGGAUGAAAAGGACUCCCCGGCCUCUGCUGAGGAUGAGAAGGGAUCCCCGGCCGGUUCCAUGGCUGCCAAGGAAGAAUCAUCCGAUUCUUGCUACGAGCCCAUCCGGUUGCGCCCGGCUCCCCUCUCCAGCCCUGCGAGGAGGGCGCUACCUGUGCCGGAUCUGGGGGUGAAUAUGCAGUUCACUAUCCAGCUGAAGGAUGCCUCCAAGGAGGCGUGCUCAGGGCGCUACCUGCACGCUGCGUCUCUGGUGUAUUUUGCGCACCAGGACCGCCAAGGCGCGGAGCCGGGCUCCCCGCAAAAGGUGGCCACGGCCCUGGAAGUGCUUGGCUUAGGGGGCUCUCGAGUGGUUUUCCGCUCGCCUUCCAACCCGACCAAGUGCUGGAAGCUCUCUAAGAGGUCUCAGGAGGCAGAGCGUGACCUUUUCAAGGUCACCGGCCCCUGGACCCCGCGGCACACCAGGGCUUUGGGUGUGCACCGUGUUGUCGAGGAGGGCAAGGGUGGCACCUCCUUCUUCGCGUCUCUUUUGGAGACGGAACUUGUGGAUCCUCUCCCCAUGGUCAACCCACCGCUGAUCUUCCAGAUCUGCCUAACUGUGUGCCAAGCGGCGAAGUUUGCAAACGUCCGUGACCUAGGACGGAAAAAUAUGGGCAGCAGGUCCAUGCCUCAGGGCAUGGGAGACCCGCCCAGGUAUGAAGUCCUGCUGCUGGACGCCAACGACUGGGAGGAGUACGGUUCCCAAACCACCCCCCACUGGCCAAACAAGCGUCGGGCCCAGGGACUUUGGUCCACUGUGAGCUCUUUCUCACCGGAACUGCUGGAGCCGUUGCAGCAACUGGUGAAGCAGCACCAAGCCGACCUCCAGGUCUUCUUUCAUAUUGGAAACUUUUGCUUGGCUGCUGCAACGCUGGAGGAUGUACAGGCAAUCGUGGAUGAUACGAUGAGUGAUGUUCUUAAGAUUGAGGAUCGUGUGGCGCUUACAGAAUCAGUGCAUAAGUGGUGCGCGCUUCAUCAGGGGACAGUGGAUAGGACUGUUCGUGAGAUCGGGCAGAAUGUCCGACGGGGGCCGUAUAUCCGUCGUGGGCCCAGUGUGACGGCCGCCGAUAUGUAUGAGGGGCUUUUGGCUUCUGAUCCUGUGCUGGGUUUGGCUGCUCUUGAGAAGAAGUUAAAGCUUCGCAAAGCUGGAACAGGGGCGCGUGUGGAAGCAGAGGACUUGUGCAGGCAGGAGCGUUGCUUGGAGACCAUUCCUUUGUACAGCAUCACUCAGGUUGCACCUCCACCGCGGCCAGAUCCUUUCUGGCCACAGCGACGGUUCCGACAGUGGGACAAUGAUUGGUCCGAGAGCCCGGCCAAGUGGCAGCGAACAGGCAAAGGACGUGGCCAUGGAAAGGGCAAGCACGGCAAGGGGGGCAAGGCCAACCGCGAUGAUUCUAAGGGUGAUGGCAAGGGCCUCGGCGGCGGCAAGGGCAAGAGUGAUCAUGCGCUCUGGACACACACGAUGCAUGCAGUCCCAUCCGAUGUGGCAGCAUUUUCAGAGCUUGGCAGCAAAGGCGGCAGCACCAACCGCGCAGGCACGGGAAGGCGAUAUCAGAUCACACUUACAGCAGCUCUGCACGUCGCGGGGCUUUGGGAGCGUCUCUUCAAGGACAUUUCAUCUGGCAUCGUUUUGCGGGGGCAUUUGGCCCACGCCCACUUCGUUCACAUGGCCAUCCGUUCACAGAGGCAGCAGGGCUUGUACUUCAUUUUGGAGCACCCUGAGGAUCUGGGCCGUGUACCAUCUGGUGAGAGGCCUGCUUCCAUCUGGUCUUUUGAUGAGGUUCGUCAGAUGUGCGCUGGAGGCGAUGUCAGUUGCUGGGCAUUGCAUCAAUGCCUUUUCGGGGCUAUGUCAUGCAAACCCACCCGCUUGUUAUCCAAUUUGCCCGGAGCGUUGAACUUUGGGAUACAGAUGCCACGUUUCAAUGAUGACGGGGAGUACGUGGGGCCGCUCUUGCGCUGCCCGCAUUCACAUGCAGAUCGAGCCUGCGGUUUUCAGGAUGGCACUUGGAAAUCGGCUGCCACGGCGGCUUACCCUUCGGAGUUCGCUGCUUUCUUCGCCCGUCUGUCUCUGAGUGUGGUGCCUGAGCUGAGGGCUGUGGCUGACUCCGACCUGAUCUCGGCCAACAUCCCUUCUUCCGCCGAAGCCUUUGCCACAGAGUGCAUCACACACGGUUCUUUCGAUCGUGCUUCGGUUCAGAUUCUUUUCGACCUGCUUCCUAAGACUCGGCCUCAUAAGAUCACAGGCAGUGCAGAACCUGGUACCGCUUUCUUUGGAGGCACUGUGCACCAGGAGGGUCUCACCGCACCGCGGUCCACUUGUUUUACAUUCCCCGAGUCCAUGCGUGUGAUCAAUGCUUUUCUUCACUCCGUGGACCCGCACCACCGUUACGCGGCUUUUGUUCUCACAAAGAACGUUUCCAGUGAGGUUCAUCGUGAUCCGCGGAACGCGGCUGUGCCCAACUUGAUUGUGGCAAUUUCCUCCUUUUCUGAUGGUGGCAUUUGGAUACAGGAUGACUCAGGUACCCAGGUGCGAUCCUUUCACGGCUCGCCCGUCACAGGCACUGUGCACUCCUUACAAGACGGACCCGUCUACCUUGAUGCCCGUGGACGCUUGCAUGCUACACAGCCUUGGGUUGGGGAUCGUCUCAUCGCCAUUGCAUACACUCCUCAGAACGUGCACCUGCUCUCGGCUGACGAUUCGGCUUUUCUGGCUUCAUUGGGCUUUCCUGUCUUGGAUUCCUCUCCUGCGGGGGGGGAGGCACCAGCGGAAUCCUUCGUUUCCUCAGGCAACUUCACCUUGGCUGCAGCAGUGCCGACGAUAGACAACUCAGGCACUGGAGAUGCUCAGGAGGUCGUGGUGGUCGAUCACGAGGAGUCGGCCAGGGAAGCUUUUGAUCCCAAGACUAGUCGCGCUUUCGGGCAGCCCAUGAUCUGCAAGUUUGAAAUGGGCAAGCAAGAGUUUGUGGACGGCUUCGGGUUGUGUUCGCCAGGCCGUUGGGCUCCCGAGGCGAGAGAGAAGUUGGCGUCCAGUGAAGAGGUGGCACAUGCAGAGGGAAUCCGUGGAUUGCUACGAGACUUUGUGAUUGACCAGCUGAAAGACCCCAAGGACAUGGCAUUCCGUCUCGCGACGGGCCAUGUGAAGAAUUCUCCUUUCACGGAGUCUGCCUUGCAGAAGCUGAGGCAGAGGAUCGUCGGGUUGAUCCCAGGGGCGUCUUCAGACAUGCUGCGUGUACCCGAGCGGCCUAGAGAUGAGAACACUUUGUCGGAUGCCAUCACCAACCACGAUUUUUCGAGUUUCUGCCCGGAGCUGAGAGUUCCUCUGAAGCUGGACGAUCUGCCGCUUGAUAUUUUCCUUCGCAUGGUCCACUCCAGGAGUGCUUUCUUGGAUUCACGAGUCAGCCUGCAGCGAUUGGUCUCGAGGGAGUCGGCGAUGUCUCGCCGGGAGAAGGAGACGAGCAAAACACCUUGGUGA